AUGGUCUAUGAUGAGCCUUCGUACUCAUUACAGUACGCGUUGACGGGCUCCUUGGCUAAUUAUAGCAACUGCCGGGCUAAACGCACUAACUCUUCAUAUGGCACUAUCAGGAGCAGCAACGCAUGGCGUGAGGGGUAUAUUAGCCCUCCCAACUGUGAUAUGAUGAAACUUUUAUUUCAAAGAAGGCUUUUUGGAAAACGCACAUCUCGCAAAUCUUCGUUAUGCCCGUCAGAUGGCCCAAAAGCAAGCUCAUCGCCGGUGAAUGAUACGGAACAUAUCGCACCCCCAAAAGCGCCCACUACACCUGAGUGUGAAUUUUACCGUCUGGACGGUUUUUGCCAAUCAGCAAGCGGUGAGCACAAUCAUCUAGAAGGCGGAGAGAAUGAUGCAUCCGGUAGCUUGCCUUCUGAACGUAAAGCCCAUGCCGUAAAUGCUCGAAAUGAUUGCCCUUCAGCUGCAGAUGCCAUAGGGGAAAACAGAUCAACGAAUUUUCGCGCACUAGUGAGCCCGCGGAUUGUGACAGUGGGAGGACGCAACGCGGUUUCUCUACCUGUUUCCGGUCUGUAUUCCCCAUAUUCUGAAUCCGAGACGUCUUUAUCACAAACGGACUUUCCCCUCGGGGAAAUUACCACUCAACUGAAUGUGCCAUCUCCACCCGUGACGCCGAGAAAGGAUAGCCCUAUAUCUCCCACAUCAAGAACUGUCAGGCGGUGCUUACCUCCUCCAAGACCUCAUACCAAUGUUCCUAUGGUAACUGAAGCGAAAACGACCCUGGUGCCUUCAAAUGUAUUAAAAGAAGCAAAGAAAAAGGCCGAAUUAGCGAAUCACCGUAUAUUUUCAAUCCUUGGCCCUUAUCAUGCUGUACGAAUGGCUUUAAGGUCCCGCGGUUGGGUGGAAAGUUUCGAACCAAUUCUAUCAGGCAACCAGUCCCAAGAUGAACGCUCCCGAUCAACAGUGAAGAGGAACAAACACCAGCUUUCUGUUUCCUUGGAUAGAUGUUCAGAUGAAAGAAAAUUGGUUCCGAAUCCUACAUAUAUAGAUGAUGAAGAUUCUGACAACCCGAUGCGUCCGUCAACCACUGAUCCGACCUGUACUGUCCCUCCCUGGCAAGAGAAGGAUGGCUAUUACGCAAUUUUAUCUCGAUUGGUCCGGUCCGCAUAUCCUUCUUUCAUAUGGUCACUUAAAAAGAGUCAAGUGGAUUUCCGCUUUCUACGAAAAGACCAAAUCAUAAACCACCAUUGUCGGGCACCUUUCACAACCAAGGUGGGACUGUGCCUUUGGCUGCGUCAGCUGCGAUGGUUUGAGGAUAGAGAUGCGAGUGAAUUCUUUCCUCGCUGCUAUAUUCUUGCCGAUGAUGAGGAUAAGCAGGCCUUUGUGGACGAUUUUCGCUUGACUGCGUGUAUCUCUCUAUUGAAACUGGUCAGCCAGCUCCGUGAUCAGUUUGAAAACGAGGAAACAGAUUUUCUCAAAAACACCAACGGCGAAUUAUCGGAACAAAUUGCAUAUAGUGCAUCUCUAUCUUCUGGAGAUUUGUUCCAACCACUGCAUUGUACCGGGGACAUCAAACUGGAAUCUGCGCCUAAAAGUAUUGAUGCUGCCUCGGAACACCUGGAUGACCAAAUCAACUUCCCAUCGUGCGUGCCUGAGCAAGCGGACAGCCUACCACCAAUCGUCCUCGAGAUGGCCAUAGCCCGUUGUCAAUACUUUCUUAGAAAUGCAGCUCACAUGGAUCUUGAUUCACCACAAGCUGAACUCAAUGAAAAGCUCUGGCCAUGGGAUCAGUUUCUUACCUGGUACUACGAAACCAGGAAAAACCCAAAAAUGAUUCUCAACUUGAGAGGAUACGCACAAGUAUGCCAUAAACUGUGCUGCUAUCUUCGCAAACUGCUUCCACAGUUUGAUUUGGAUGGAACAAGCAACAUAUGGAUUUUGAAACCCGGGGCAAAAUCGCGUGGCCGGGGUAUCACUUGUUCUAACCGGCUAGACGAAGUGCUGCGGAUCUCACAGGGCUCACUAAAUUGUGGAGACUGCCGAUUCGUUGUGCAAAAAUACUUAGAGACACCGCUGCUUCUGUACAAGACAAAAUUCGAUAUACGUCAGUGGUUUCUCGUAACUGAUUGGUCCCCCCUUACUGUGUGGUGGUACAAUGAAUGCUACUUGCGCUUCUGCUCGCAAGAAUUCACACUGGAUGACUUCAGUGAAGCUAUCCACCUGUCGAACAACUCGAUCCAACACAAGUACACAAACGGAGCGCGGUCUGAAAGCCUGCCAGCGGAGAAUAUGUGGACCCUGAAACAGUUCCGAAGUUGGCUCAAAAAUCAAGGACGGGAAGACACUUGGGACAGUCAGAUUCAGCCAGAGAUGAAACGUGCAAUAAUUGGUGCACUGCUGUGCGUUCAAGAUGGCAUGGAUGUUCGCAAGAAUUGUUUUGCGCUGUAUGGUGCGGAUUUUAUGCUUACCGAGGACUUCAAGGUAUGGCUUCUUGAAAUUAACUCCAGUCCAUGUAUGGCGCCCAGCACAACGGUUACGGCCAAGCUGACAGCCAAUGUACUAGAGGACACCAUAAAAGUUGUUCUUGAUAGACGACUGGACCGCAAUUGUGAGACAGGACAUUUUGAACAAAUCUACCGCCAGGCUUUACACAAUCCGUUGGUAUAUAUCGGAUUAGACUUACGUGUGGAAGGCGUUCAGCUUCCAGUGCCACGUUCAAAUGAUGGACAACAGGCUUCCAGAAUGUCCCAUAACCCUGUUGAAAAUCAUGUUGAAAAUCGUGAACUACUGAAGAAAUCGCACAGUCUUGCAUCCUUCAUUAGACAUAUACCACCCACUGCUACACAAAACGAACCGAGUAAAAACAAAACGGAAUCCACCAUUAAUCUGUUUACGGUCCCGCCGCAAUCGGAUGGAAGCCUACCAAUCAAAGUGAUUUCCCCAAACAACCGAAUCGAUGCAGUACCAGCUUCUUCCGAAAAGCGAGUGACAAGCAACACGGUGCUUUACUGCCGCAAAGAGAAGAACCCUAUGAAAGCUAGGACAAAUACAAUUAAACCGAAAUGUUUCGGUAAACGCAUGAAGACGAAGAGAUUCCAACAACAUACGCCAACGAUGAUCAAAACGAAUCUUAAGGUGGUCGGUUCGCUAGCUGAGGAGAAACGAGUAGUUUCUGCGGAUCAGACAUCUGAUGAAAAGCCCCCUCUUGCCAAAGGAGAUGUAGCGCCUCCCUUUAGUAGACCAGCCUCUGGAGGGAAUGAUCCACGCCGGCGUAACAUAUGGAGCAGUAGUUCCUUGAGUCGUGGACACAUUUCACGUGAACUAAGUCUAUUGGUUCCAACAGACGUUCGUACGGAACAAUAUUCUGGGGCUCGACAUUAUGCUAGACAUCGAAGUCAGAUAUUUUGCAAAACCGAUCUAUCCAAAAACGAUGCGACCGAAAAAACCAAGACAAAAGUGCGGUCUGGUGCUCCACAGAAACGCGGUCCUUUCAGUUACCUUGGAGCAACUCAGUCAUGUGUUGAGAAACCUACAGCCAAAACAAAUAGAUCCGUUUCCAAAAUAUCGAAGCCGCUUAAGCUAGCGAUUAUUUCCUUCACAAAACAAGAAAGUAAACCUUCUUCAGGGUUUCCCAACCACGAGAGGAAUACUAAUCUGGGCCGAAUGGUGAAAAAAGCUCACAAAAGAGUUGUUACAAAAUACAACUUAUCAAACAUCACAGACAACACAUCCUGCAACGGGAUUCUCACCCCGGAGAAAUCAACGAAUUCCGAGAGUAAUGCAGAAGACGUGGUUUUGCUUGGAUUUGCGAAGAGGAUACUUCAAGAAGCAAGCUUGAGAGUUUCUUCUUGUGAUAUAUUUGAAGUCAAAGGAAGGAGACCGUCCAACCGACCUACUGCGAAAACAAGCUUCAAAAUAACGGCCAAUGAAAUAGAAACGGAUCUUGAAGCUAAUCAGGAGUUGAGGUCGACCUCUGCCGGGACUCAAAAUCUGCUAUCACCGGAGGAGGAAAAAUCAGCGAUCCCAAUCAAGGUGCAGCCUCCGUCACCAAUGCCGAUUUAUCAACAAUAGAUGUUUUUAUUGAAAUAUCUACUUAUUUUUUCCGGUCUCUAGAUAUGCGACCGGAUAUAACUCGUUUUCUUCUUUGGUGCGAACUUGGGGAUACACAAAAAUGCCAAACAAUUACUUAUUAUUUUUAAUUUCCAUUCGUUGUACACUAUAUUUAGGAAGUUCGGUCACAGCAACUUGACUUCAAAGGCUUCAGGGCCAAUAACAACACCAG